GGCUGAUGAUCUCGGGCUUUGCCCAGGCCGGGGCGGCCCUGGCCAAGCAGGAGUACGUGAGCCGGGCCGCGCAGGCGGCCGCCUUCCUGCGGAGACACCUUUUCGACCCCACCAGUGGGAGGUUGCUGCGGAGCUGCUACCGGGGCGCAGACAGCGCGGUGGAGCAGAGCACUGUGCCCAUCCAGGGCUUCCUGGAGGAUUACGUCUUCGUCAUCCAGGCUCUCUUUGACCUGUACGAAGCCUCGCUGGAGCAGAGCUGGCUGGAGUGGGCCCUGCAGCUCCAGCACACGCAAGACAAGCUCUUCUGGGAUCCCAAAGGCUUUGCGUAUUUCUCCAGCGAGGCUGGUGACCCCUCUCUGCUCCUGCGCCUGAAGGACGACCAAGAUGGAGCAGAGCCCACCGCCAACUCCGUUGCUGUCACAAACCUGCUCCGAGUGGCUUGUUACUCCGGCCACAUGGAGUGGGUGGAGAAAGCCGAGCGGAUCUUGGCCGCCUUCUCAGAGAGGCUGCAGAAGAUCCCGAUAACCCUGCCAGAGAUGGCCCGGGCCACCGCUGUCUUCCAUCACACCCUCAAACAG